AUGACGGGAUCUUGGUCCCCCAAGCGAAGAAUGUGUGUGAGGGAAGAGACCCCCUGGUCCUCCGCCUUUUCAACACUGCAAAACGCUCUUUCCUACGUUAAACUGGCGGACAUUGGCAUCCCGGUCGCAAUUGCCCCACAUGAAUCACAGAGCGGGGAUGAUCGAAGCAGGGGGCACCCCCGCCAGGCAAGUGCAGACAGCCUCAUAGCGGAGCCAAGAAAGGUGUCAUGUUGCGCUCCGGAUGAAGGGGGCUCGGCCGGUAGAAACGUGGCGGAGUUGAUUGUCGCUUUCUUCUCUCUCUUCCUUUCAUUUUCAUUUUUGACAGGGACCCUCAAUAUCAGGACCAGGACCAGGCCCAGUGUGGGUUUACCAGAAAAAUCUCCCCGUCUCCGUCUCCGUCUCCGGUCCGGGACAGGGAAAAUCAACGAUUCCGGAACCCGUUGA